AUGUCGUUAGUUUCGUCAAACCUGCACAAUGUGACGGGUGAAAGCUCUGACGUUACAGUAAAUCUCGUAUCUUCAUGUUCUACAGUCGUGCAACAUGGGUUUUUAAGGACGACGUUGUGUUAUCGUGACAUUUGUUCUUUAAGCACUUUACAAGAAAUGGAAGAAAAUCCUCCACCUGAUUUUCAACUGCCUUGCUUUUCUUCGUGGACAACAUCACAAUCUGUUCAAGCGAACAUUCCCACAAGUGCUCCUCUGGCACCGAGGAAUGGGCACGAGCAGCCUUACUGGUACCGGCCGCAUUAUAUCGGGUGGCAAUAUGUCACAAGCGGUUCACAGGUGACUGAACAAGCUUCUUUUCAUCAAUCAUCUUCAGCAUAUCAUUUCACCCAUCGCCGUUCUACGGGAUGUCACACUACGGGAUGUCACGCCUCGGAACGUCACGCUAUCGGGUGUCAAUUUACAAACUAUUACUCCAAAGUCACUGAAAAUGCCCAAGGUUUAUCAAGCGGAGUAGCAUACGACCAUAGCGCAUUUCCAAAGAUCGUUUCAGUGCACUCUAUGGGGGAAGAGAGUUACAAUACCCUGCAAAAAACUACGCUUCUCUGUGGAGAAGAAGGUGGUGACACACCAAAUAACCAUUUUUCUAAAUCUUCUCUUGCAAUUCCGGCAACCUGUAACAACGAUGCAGCAAGUUCUCGAAAGAUAACUGAUCAUUCCAUAUCGACAAUUCUUGACCUGCCUUCUGCGAGGAAUUGCUCCUCUUUUCCUGUUCACAAUGAUGGCCUUAUUGGUUCCCCUGCUGAAUAUGACUGUCCUAAGAACGAAACGAAAGUGAGCCUUCCAUCUGACGAACACGAUCAAGGAACAGAAGUAAGAUACAGUAUAGCUAAGGAUGAAGAGAUCAAGAUAACGGAAGGUGAAAUCAGCAACCCAAAUUUCGUCGAAGGAUUUUCAAACCCAGCUCUUCAGAGGCAAAGUAGUAAUUUCACACUUGAAGAGGUAAAAGCUCUAGAGAUCCCUAGCGAACCAACUCUACAGAAAGGCCCUUUGCGCAUAACCUCGUCGAGGAUCAAGGAAAAUACACUGAAUUUGCAUCGCCUUCGGGAAAUCAACAAAGUUCAGAAACGCCUGAAACGCGAAUUAUCAGAACGCCAGGAAACUUGCUUUAGUAAGGAGAAUGAAAUGGGACGAAAAGGAAUUAAAAUAUUCGCAAGCGGCUCCAUGAAAGGUUCUGAAAACCCUUUAAAUUCCCCGCCUGUCAAAAAGUCUCGUCAAGCACCAAUUAAGGAAAAAGCAGAAAGAGAAGAAAGCAUGGCCGACUUAUUGUCAGAUGAGAAGCGUUCAAAGUUAAAUGCAGAGAUUAAAGGACAAAAGUCUUUGGGAGAAACCCUCAGCUCCGAAAAACUAAAAGAAGACUUGCCAAGAGAUGAUUUUAGGAUGAAUGUGUUCGAGAAAUUGGCUCUGUUGAGUGAGAAAAGGAGGUGUGAAGAUUCAACUUCGAGGAGCUCUUCGCUACACGAUAGCGAUUCGCAAAGUUCUGACAAAGUCAAGGUUAAAAUAACCCACGAAAGAAGUAAAGAUACAAUCAUCGAAAGGGAAGACGAGCUCCAUACUUUUCGAUCUAAUUCUAAACGGUCGGCAGCCUUGGGAAACGACGGGGAGUCAAAUGAAAAGAUCGACAUUUUGGUUAUGUCGGAUAGAACGAGUCUGACAGACACUACAACCGCAAGAACCAUCCCAAACAAUUGGUCGUCUGCUUACAUUUACGAAAAUCUGGACAGCAAGAACAGUUUUUAUUUGUCAAAGCGAAAGUAUGGUGGAGAAGUGAGUGGUGAAUUUAUCAAGAGGUGCUGUAAUUCUUUGCCGAGGAAAGUAGAUUGGAAAGCCAAUAACAGUUUGGAAGAAGAACCAUCGCAAAUCCAAGAGAGUGUAGAUAAAGACGAAGAACAACUAAACAUCCCACUCAAGACAGAAGUUUCGUGCAAAGGAGAAAACGUCGAUCCUACACCAUUUCUAGGGAUUGUAAACAGAAAUGGUAAUGUAGGCAAUCCCCGCCUGUUGUCCCGUCCCCUCUCUCAGUCAACGAUUGUAAGCGAUCCAAGAGCAUAUAGGGUAUACGAUGAUGACACACUUCAGAGGAACAUUGAGUUACGACAAAGCAAAAUUAGCGACCUCCUGCGUAAACAAGAGGGACUGUUAGAAAAGCUGGGUUCAACACCUCUCCCGAGAAAGUAACUAAUUCUCGUUCUUUUUGUUUGAACCCCUUCGUUCUUUCUGAGGUGUGCGUGACGGACGUGACAUGUCACAGAACAACACGUCUCAUCCCUGCUAAGUUGGUUGGAUUUAAUGCAUUAAUACGUUGUUGUUGCGCUAGUUGUGAACUGUGCUGGAUGU